AUGGUCUCAUCUCCUCCUCCUUCGGGCAUCUACGUNCCCCGUACCUUGCAGGUGCCCACUUUCUUCGCUUCCCAAUCGGCAUCCAACUAUGAUCCUGUCAACAACCCUCUAGACCUCGAGACCCAGACCAAGCACUCUCUUUUCCUUGCCAAGGGUGGAGUUCGUGGUCUCGUCAUUCUUGGAUCGACUGGCGAAGCUAUCCACCUUACCAACAAGGAGCGCAACGAGCUCAUCAGCAGCCAGCGCAAGGAGCUUGACAAUGCUGGUUUCAAGGACAGACCUAUCAUUGCCGGCACUGCCACACAAAACGUCGAGGAGACUUUGAUCCAGCUCGAGGAUGCNAAGAAGGCUGGUGCCGAGUACGGCAUGGUACUUACACCGGGUUACUUUGCUUCGGCCGCUAGCCAGCAGGGCAUUGCCAAGUGGUUCGAGGCAGUGGCCGACAAGAGUCCCAUCCCCAUCAUGAUCUACCACUACCCUGGCGUGACCAACAACAUCGUUGUGGCUCCCUCGACGUUUGAACGCCUUGCCCAGCACGCCAACAUUGUGGGCUGCAAGUUAUCGCACGGCGACAUCCCCGACCACACUCUGAUUGCUUCGUCGCCAAAGAUCGACCCUUCGCACUUCAAGGUCUUCUCAGGUCUGGGCCAGAACCUCCUUCCCGUCCUCACAAUUGGUGGUCAAGGUGCCAUCGAUGGACUCGCAGGCAUCUUCCCUCGUGUCGUGGUCAAGCUGUUCAACAUGUUCCAAGAAGGCGCAGACAACAAGAAGCUGCGCGAACUGCAGUUCAAGAUCUGCGAGGGUGAGAGGUUAAUUGGCAAAUGGGGCACUGUUGGUAUCAAGGAAGCGAUUGCAAGAUGCUGGGGCUUUGGCGACAAGGAGGGAGCACGACUACCGCUACAGGGUGGUUUCCAGGGUGGUGAGCAAGAGUGGAGCAACUGGAGUGAUGUGUUUAAGGGACUCAAGCAGUUGGAACAGGAGAUUGAAAAGAGUGGUUAG